GAAGCGCAUGGCCACAGUGGGCAAGCGUCCAAAGAUCCAGAUUGGCGAUGCGAGCACGUCCUCAAGGGGCACGAGAACUGGGUGCAGUCGCUGGUCGUGACCAAAGACUGGCUGGUGUCUGGAUCCUAUGACAGAAAAAUUCGUGUGUGGAGAUUGGGGCAUUGGGAGUCCACCCAGUCAGUGCUCGAGGGGCAUACGGGCUAUGUGGUGUCAUUGUCAGCCAAUGGUGAAUAUCUUUUCUCUGGGUCGGCUGAUGAGACUGUGAGGGUGUGGAAGCUGGAGACCUGGGAGUGUGUGCGCAUUCUGGAAGGGCACAUCAAUUGGGUGCGGACACUGGCAGUGACUAGAGACCAUUUGUUCUCUGGUUCUGACGACAAGAGCAUCCGCAUGUGGAGUGUCGGCACGUGGAGGUGCAAGCGCAUGCUCCAAGGACACACCCAUUACAUUUACUCAUUGGCCGUCAACGGCCGCUUCUUGUUCUCCGGCUCUGAUGAUCAGACCAUCAGAAUAUGGAGAUGGGGGGAUGGGGAGUGCCAGCGAGUGCUUCGAGGGCACUCUAGUUGGGUAUUGUCUUUGGCGGUCAGUGGUGACUUUCUGAUUUCGGGGGACUACACUGGAGCCAUUCGUGUUUGGAGCCUUGCCACUUGGGUUUGCAUCAGGGAGCUGAGUGGGCACACUAGUUGGGUACGGUCAUUGGCAGUCGGGGGUGGUUUGUUGUUUUCAGGAUCGUACGACAUGACCAUUCGGGUGUGGAGGUUCGGCACUUGGGAAUGCAUCCGAGUCCUCAAAGGGCACACUGGUUACGUGACGGCGAUGGCGGUCAUUGACAAAUGUCUUUUUUCUGCGUCUGCUGACAAAACCGUUCGAGUGUGGGACAGAGUGGCGUAA